AGCUGAGUAAGUGGGCGGGGCUUGUUCACUAGCGUAUCUACGCAGAAGAACAUAAACAGUAGUGGAGUGGAGUGAGAGACCGCAGCAGAGAAAAGAACAGUGUUAUUUUACCUCAGCCAUUUCCCGACAAAUCUGGUCUACUGACCUCUGAUUGGUCUGCAUGAUCCCGCCUACUGUGAUGUGAUUGGCUAGAACGUCGUACUCGUGAUAAAUUGGCCAAUCCUGGCGCAGAAAGGUGGGAUUCGUCUGGACUCAGUGGGAAAGAUGUGAUGGUGUAGGAUUAAGCGGGAAAGAAAAUGGAGGCGCCAUUGUUCUGCCAUGGUGAAAGAUGUGAAUAAACCGAAAGGUCGGACUUCAUCCUACGCAUUCUUCGUUCUGUCAUGUCGUGAGGAACACAAGAAGAAGAGCCCAGGAACCACAGUGAACUUCGCCAAGUUCUCCAAGACCUGCUCUGAGCGAUGGAAGACUCUAGCUGCUACUGAGAAGAAGAAGUUUGAAGACCAGGCGAAGGCCGAUAAAGACCGAUACGAUCGGGAGAUGAUGAAUUACGUUCCCCCCAAAGGCAUGGGAAGGCAGAAGAAGAAGAAGGACCCCAAUGCUCCCAAACGUCCCCCGUCGGCGUUCUUCGUCUUUUGCUCAGAGCACAGGCCGACCGUGAAGGGCGAGUACCCCGGCCUGACUAUCGGUGAUCUCGCCAAGAAGCUGGCUGCCAUGUGGGCCAAACAGAGUCCCAAAGACCGCACGCCCUACGAACAGAAGGCAGCCGCUCUGCGCCAGAAAUACGAGAAGGACAUUGCUGAGUAUCGUGCAAAGGGUGGUGCCGGGGGCGGAGCUCCCAAACGGGGACCAGGCCGACCUGCAGGCUCCACGAAGAAAGCUAUGGUCAAGGCUGAUGAUGAAGACGAUGAAGAUGAGGAUGAAGAUGACGACGAAGACGAGGAGGAGGAUGAUGAGGAUGACGAGUAGUGUUUGUGUGUAUGCAACAGCUGCUAUGUCUAUGCAGGCUCACUUCACUGGGGGUUGGGUGUUUUAGUGUGUGUGUGUGUGUGUGUGUGUGUGUGUGUGUGUGUGUGUGUGUGUGUGUGUGUGUGUGUGUGUGAUGGUGUGUUAGCGUUAGAGAGACCAGCCUAAGCAAUAAGUCACAGAGAUUGUGAUGUGUUUAUUUUUGUAUGGGUUUGUGUUUCAGCCGUGUGUAGAGUACAGUUUUAUAAUAAACUCACACUCUUAUCUACA